CUGCAGCCUGCCGGCUCGCCCGUGUAGCCGCGAUGCCCUGGAGCCCGACCCCGUCCCGGGUCCCCGGCCCACCGCGUAAUUAGCCUCCGUGCGUCCGGAGCGCACCGCCGCCAACGCCGCGCCCCGACGCAGCGAUGGGCAACACGGUGCAUAGGACCCUGCCAGACUCGAGCCCGCCCGCGCGCCUCCUGGCCACCCGGCCUUGCUGCGGCCCCGGCCCAGAGCGGCGCCCAGUGCUGGGCGAAGCGCCGCGCUUCCACACGCAGGCCAAGGGCAAGAACGUGCGGCUGGACGGCCACUCACGCCGGGCCACGCGGCGCAACAGCUUCUGCAACGGGGUCACGUUCACACAGCGGCCCAUCCGGCUGUACGAGCAGGUGCGGCUGCGCCUGGUGGCCGUACGCCCGGGCUGGAGCGGCGCGCUGCGCUUUGGCUUCACGGCGCACGACCCGUCGCUCAUGAGCGCCCAGGACAUCCCCAAGUACGCCUGCCCCGACCUCGUCACGCGGCCAGGCUACUGGGCCAAGGCGCUGCCCGAGAACCUGGCGCUGCGCGACACGGUGCUGGCCUACUGGGCGGACCGCCACGGCCGCGUCUUCUACAGCGUCAACGACGGCGAGCCGGUGCUCUUCCACUGCGGCGUGGCCGUGGGCGGCCCGCUCUGGGCGCUCAUCGACGUCUACGGCAUCACCGACGAGGUGCAGCUGCUCGAGAGCGGGUUCGCGGACACGCUGACGCCCGCGCGCCUCGGCCAGGCCCGCUUCAGCGCCUGCCUGCCGCCCAGCAGCCACGACGCGGCCAACUUCGACAACAACGAGCUGGAGAACAACCAGGUGGUGGCCAAGCUGGGCCACCUGGCGCUGGGCCGCGCCCCGGGCCCGCCGCCCGCCGACCACGCGGCCGCCGCCAUCCCGUGCGGGCCCCGCGAGCGCCUGCGGCCCGCGUCGUCGCCGGCGCUGCUCGAGGCCGACCUGCGCUUCCACACGACGCGCGGGCCCGACGUGAGCCUGUCGCUCGACCGCAAGGUGGCCUGCGCGCCGCGGCCCGACGGCGGCCGUACGCUCGUCUUCUCCGAGCGCCCGCUGCGGCCCGGGGAGAGCCUCUUCGUGGAGGUGGGCCGCCUGGGGCUGGCGGCGCCCGGCGCGCUGGCUUUCGGCAUCACGUCGUGCGACCCGGGCGCGCUGCGGCCCGCCGAGCUGCCCGCCGACCCCGACGCGCUGCUCGACCGAAAGGAGUACUGGGUGGUGGCGCGCGCCGGGCCCGUGCCGAGCGGCGGCGACGCGCUCAGCUUCACGCUGCGGCCCGGCGGCGACGUGCUCCUGGGCGUCAACGGGCGCCCGCGCGGCCGCCUGCUGUGCGUGGACACCACGCAGGCGCUCUGGGCCUUCUUCGCCCUGCGCGGCGGCGCCGCCGGCCAGCUGCGCCUCCUCGGCACCCUGCAGUCCAGCCCUGCGACCACCUCCCCAUCAGGAUCCCUGAGCGGCUCCCAGGACGAUAGCGAUUCCGAUAUGGCCUUCAGUGUCAACCAGUCCUCCUCGGCAUCUGAGUCAUCCCUGGUGACGGCCCCCAGCUCCCCGCUGAGCCCGCCAGUGUCCCCCGUGUUCCCCCCGCCGGAGCUGGCGGGCAGCAAGAAUGGUGAGUGUACGGUGUGCUUCGACGGCGAAGUGGACACGGUCAUCUACACGUGUGGACACAUGUGCCUGUGUUACAGCUGCGGCCUGCGGCUCAAGAGGCAGGCCCGGGCCUGCUGCCCCAUCUGCCGGCGGCCCAUCAAGGACGUCAUUAAGAUCUACAGGCCAUAGCCUGGCCUGCCGACCACGGGCCUUGACCAGAGCAGGGUCCCCUUUCUGAAGCCCCCCUGGGCUGGGCAACCACCAUGGCCACCAGGGAGUCCAAAGGCAGCAGCCAUCUCGUCUGCCGCUCUCCCGUGGUGGGCAAGGCGUGACAGUCAUGGAGACCAGGCACCCCCACCCUGGGGGCGGUCUGAGUCCAAGCGAGGGUUGCUUCUGGCUUGAAAGUGCUUUGCCCCCAGAAGGCCGUCCCGAGGGCAAGUUCGGAAACAGCCUGGCAGGUGGACCCAUCCCCCAGUGACCUCUCCGCUGGGAGGCGGCAUCCUCUGUGCAAUGGCUUUUGCUGGGGUUGGGUUGAGUGUGUGUGAGAGAGGGGGAGGGGAGGGAGGGAGACAGACUGGGGCGGGGGGCGUGUGAGGGAACGAGUGAGGGGGAACGUGUAGGUAUUUAUCCAGGGAUCCUGGCUCUGCAAGGUUAUUUAACACUAAGGAAUGUGCAAUGCUCAGCCCAGACGGUAGCUAGCGCAACCAGAAACUGUUGGCUUUCUGGGGCUGUGACGUCAGCUGGUUUUGAAUGUCUGAAGCCUGCACCUAAACAGACCUCCCUUGGAUGGUAUAGAAAAGAGACACUUAGAUUUUCUAAAGGGAGGGAAAAAUAGCUCAUUGUUUACAGCUCCAGAAGCGGCAACUCCUGGGGGGAUAGGUGGGCGGAGAACAUAAAAGAACAAUUUGCUUUUCCCGUUUCUGGCUCAGUCUUGGAGAGGAGUUUUGAUGGGUGCUGGGGCUGAGAGCCCUAGGCUGUCCCCUCCAGAGUCUUUUCACCCCUUCGCCCCCAAGCAGCCUGAUAAUAAGCACUCAGCCCCUUGACUCGGCUCCUAGAUGCUUUAAGUCUGUACCACCCUCGCCAUCUCCUAGAAUAAGACAGCAGCAGGUCCCCUUCUCCUGGGGGAGGGACAGCAGCCUAGCAGAUGACUCCCCUGGAGGCAGAAGGGCCACCGCCGCUCUCCACAUUUCCCGCUGUAACGCGGGGCCUGGCGUUCACCAGCGGCUGUGGGCACCGCCAGGGCGACCUGCUGGCCAAGUAGGAGGAGGAACCAGGGCUUUGUAACUGGUCUUUGUUCCCGUUCUCAGCUUCUCUUCCCCUACAGAUUACUAGGAUGCUAAUUGAUCAUCAGGAUGCUAACUAGUAGAUGAGACUCCUACUGAAAAUGCUCACUUUGGGACUCUCCCCCUUCCCCAGGGCUAUUUUCUGGGCAGUUCCUGAGACCCUGACCCUGCCCCCACCCCUCACCCCUGCCUGUGCCCAUCUCUGCAGAUGCCCAGACCACACCGGGGCUGACCGGCUGGCAGGCCUGCAGUUCUCUUCUGAGCCCGAGUUCUGGGCCCCUCCUCUGCCCUGUCUUGUGCCAGGCCUUUCGGGAAGACCUCGGGCCUGUUUCUCAGUUCCCGGUGUGUCCUGGAGGAAGCCUAGCAUCUGCCCACUCCAGAGCUCUUGGAAGGACGUCCUAAAGAGCCCGAGGCACCUUGUGAAGAACAGGCAUAGUUUUUAUUACAAUUCCUAAUCUGUCCAUCUGCCAAGGGAGGCAGGGAACGGAGAACACUCAGAAUUUAGGCAUUCAUGUGACAAACAUUUGCUGGGUUUCUGGAGUCCCUCUCGUCAGACUGAGCCCCUUAAGUCCAGUCUCUCCGUGCCCUCAUCAUGCUUCAGGUUUUGGACCAUCUGUUUCUUCUCUGCCUGGUGUUCUGACCUGAUUUCAGCUUCGAAAACCUUACUCUUGCCCCUGGAAGAACCCCUGAUUGGUUCUUCUUCCCUGGUGAAUUUGGGAAACACGCCCACAUUUGAAUUUUGCAGCAGAAUCUUUUGGGGGAACUACUGGAACCCUAGCAUUUGCCAAGUUAAGAGUCUAGGCAGUGCUCGGUGCCCAGCUGAGUUUGGGCAGCUGGAGCCUUCCGCUUCCCCCACGUGCUGGCCGUGGGCAAGGCCACACACAGGCCCCGUGUGACAGGGCCCUUCACCCCCUGGGACCGUGGUUCUCCGGGCAGCAGCGCCCCUGUCUGGAUCGAGCCACAGUCACAAGCUCCGGUGGUCCCGGCAGCCUCGGGGGGCCAGCUCCUCUCUCCUUCAAGGGCCUGGACGCAGGGUGGGCCAGGCCGUGCACCUGGCACCCUGUUACCUGGGAAGGAAGGAGCUGGUGGCCGGUUUAACUUGCUCUGCAGCCGCUAUAAAUAGCCUUUUGGUUUCCAAGGGGGCGUUUAUCUUCUAAAAACCAGACAUUUCCUGAUGCUCUAAACUGAUUUAGUCAGUGCUGCAGAGGAGCUGCUCACAUGGCCCUCUAGGUUCUGUCUGGAGAAGGGGCAGGAGCGGCAGGAAAGGAGACCACUCUCCUUUAUCUUCCAUCACCACGUGCCCGGCGCUGGGCUAGGGAGCUGUGUCCACACGUCAGUCCCGCGAGGUGGGUCUUAGAACCACAUUGAAUCAUAUCAGAGACACUGCCAAUUACAAAACGCAUCAUCCUAUGUGCCACUAAGGAACAAAACUUGGCCAGUUUUAACUGUAAGAUGCCGCGGCUCCACAAUUCAUUUUAUUCAGACAAGCUAUGUGGAAAAACUGUGCCCUUUAGAAUUAAUGAAAGACAGUAUUCUCCCCAUUUGGCAGGUAAGAGAACUGAGGUCCUGGGAAGCCGAGUGGCUUAAGAUCACGCAGCAGGAGGCAGCAGGGCUGGGGUUCAACCCCAGGAGUGCCUGCUGCCAAAUCCCACACGCUCCACUGCCUGGUCCCCAGCCCAGGAAGCUCCAGACUGCCUGAGUGCCUUGAAGCUCACCUGGGCAGCCCCCAGAGAGGGCCUGGGCACCUGCACCUGUGUGGAUGGUUCCAGCCCCCGACUGCAGCCCCGCACUGCUGCCCGGACCCUGGGAGGACAAGUGUCCUUCUUUCUAGGCUCAUCUGCGCACUACCCACCUCCUCCCAGUGGAGCUGAGCUGUGUGAGAGCUUGGGUCCAACCCAAGCGCCUCCUCCUGUUACAUAGUGGCGCUCAUGUGGGGCCACCUUGGGGAGAGGCUAAGGGCCUUGUGCCCCCACCUUCCUGGGCCUCGUGACCACCACCCCCUUAAGCAGGGCCCCCAGGGGUGGGACAAGGGAGACCAGAGGAUGCCCCCUUUGUUGUGGUCUGAUGCCUAUUCAUUUUGAACCCAUAGAGAGAUUGGGCUGUUUCCAAGUCAAGGAGAACACCUCUUUCUAGCCCACUCCCAGAACUGGGCGUCCUCUGAGUCUUUGCUGCCCGGGGCAGCUGCUCCCUUUCCGUCACUCAACACACUGGUCAGCAUGGCCUGUGUUCUGGAUGCAAGGUUGGGAACUGGGACUAAUGACAAGGCCUGCAGGGAGCUCACGGUCCAGAGCAGGAGGUGGGCAGAUCUGUAAACCUGUAUUUGGCUCCUUCAGUGCUGGGUCUUGUGCUUGCAUGUAGUAGGUCCUCAUUAAAGCUUUACUGAGUAAAUCAGAGAUCGAGUGAUGAGUGUUCAGGAGUUUGGUAAAACACCAUGUAUACAUGCACCUAGUCAUUCAACAAACAUUUGCUGAGUGCCUACUAGGGUGGGGUGCUGGGAGGACGGAACUGAGAGGACAGGGCCCCAGCUCUAACGUCAGAGAGAGUGACAUGAGACAUUUGGGGCGGAAUCCACUGGGCUUUCUUGGCCAUUCUGUUGCCUUGGGGGUCUAUCUUAGUGAGCGCACAACUGCUUACCUGACCCAGAGCCUCCUGCGUGCCUCAAAAAGCCUUCUCUGCAUUAGAAAUGCCAGGCACCUUGCAGUCAGGGAGCUGCUGCCAAAACAGCCUUGGGCAGAACCCUCAAAGGCCCUACCAGCCAAUGAUCGCCCUCAGGUCUUGCCAGGGAGACAUGGGGAGAUGGCUACCUGCUACUUUCAGGCCUUGAGACUGGUGGCUGAAAAUUGCCAGAGAACCCCCAGUCCAUUCCAGCUGAGCAUGAGGUCCAUGCGGAGUCUCGGUGAGUGAGAGGCAGUAACCUUCCACGGCUCAGUCCCGUCUCUGCCCUGAUUCUGGCAGAGGGACACCGGCUCAGGAAAACGUGGCCUCCUGGCAUUUCUCGGUAUUUAAUUGUCCCACUGUCUCAAGUCCCUAAUGAGAUGACUUGUACAACAAUCUGUCUGUGCCUUAUGAAAGUGUCUGUGCACUUUUAAUCCCUUUUAAAAGCAACUUUAAAAAGUGGACCGGGGACUGGUAUAGAUGGUAAUGUUCUGGAAAUCUGUGAUCAUCGCUGAAACCUUUCUGCAUUGUGUAUUUGACGUUGGAGUGAUGAAGUGUGUGUCCCCCACCCCACCCUCACUACCUGUGUACAGACCUUUUAAAAAAUGUCUCUUUUUCUUAUUUUUCUGAUUCAAUACUGUGACCUCUCCAAUACAGUCUAAUCUUUGGGGAAUCUGUAAUAAAGAUUUCAGAACCUGGGGGGAUGGGUUGGGAAGGGUUUGCACUGGUCCUGUGUGUUGUGCUUUUGUGUGUUGUGUGUUUUGAUUUUUGUCUGUUUUUAUCUGUUUUAUAUUAACAUGAUUUACCUGUUAAAAAAAAAUACAACUUUGGCUUCUUAAAAAAGAAAGUCUCUUCAGGACUCCGUUUUAAAAAUCACAGUUGCAUACACUGCUGGGGAGUGGAGGUGAGGGAUACAAAUCAUUGCCAGCUCUGAGGAAACAAUUUACAAAAUGCCUAUAGAACCCUGAGAAUAUCUGAGCCUUUGGCCAAAUAACUCCUGAGAAAAUACCCCAAGGAAAUAAUUCUAAUUGAGGAUAAUCUCUAUAUGUAAAGAUGUUCAUUGCAGCAUUAUUUAUAAAGGUUAAAAAUUAUAAGCAACCCUAAUGUCCAACAACCAGGGUUUACAGUUGGCCCUCAUCGCAUCAUCAGGGGAUUGGAUCCAGGACCAUCCCCACCUCGAAGUACCCACAGAUGCUCAAGUCCCUUAUAUAAAGCGAUGUAAUGUUUGCAUGUAGCUUAUGCCAUCCUGCUGUAUACUUUGAAUCAUCUCUAGGGUAAUUAUAAUACCUAAUGCAAUGUAAAUACUAUGUAAAUCGUUGCCAGCAUAGAAAAUUCAAGUUUUGCUUUUUGGAACUUUCUGGAAUUUUUUUUCAAAUAUUUUCCAUCUGAGGCUGGUUGAAUCUGCAGGUGCAGAACUUGGGAUUAUGGAGGGCCAACUGUACUUGUCAGAACUCUUGGUUACAAGCAACGGAAACAACCCAAACUGGCCUAAGGGGAUUAAAAGGCUCAGGAAACUGAGAAGUCCGGUACCAGGACCCAAGAACCCCCUUCAGGUGCAUUUGGAUCCAGACUCUGAAAGGUUGCAGCGGGACUUGACCUGUCCUCCUCUGCUGUCUUUUGUCCCCCAUCCCCAGGCAGUUUCUCAAGACAGCUGGCAGCAUGUCCAGGCUACAUCCUGCCUUUAUGGACCAAACUGGAUCAUGCGACACUUCCUUAACCAAUCAUGGAAGCCAGAGAAAUGCAGGGCUCUGAUUGGACAGUCCCAAGACAAGUGCUCACCUCCAGCCAAUGGGUGCACCUGUGGAACUGAGAGUGGGGAAACCAGGGACCCCAGGGAAAAACUGGAGUAAUGAUGAAGGGAAACUGGGCAGGCAGAAACAGUGGAUCUCUCUCUAAGAAAGGUUGAAUAAAGCAUGAUCAGAUACAUCCCUAGGUAAUCGUGUGAGUUGUGAAGCCAGACAGGCUGGUCCUCACCACCACUUAACCUCUUUGUGCCUCAGUCUCCUCAUCUGCAAAGCAAGAACACUAAGAGCUCCUGAUUUUAGGAUGAGGGUGAGCAUUAUUAAGAUCAUGCUGGUGAUGUGCUAGGCACACUGUCUGGCACUCAGCAAAGAGUUUAUAACAGGGGAACUUGUUUAUAUUAAAAAUAAGCUGGGAAAAAAUCAAGGUAUAAAACUGCACAUACACUCUGAUCUCAUGGAUGAAAAACAACAACAACAAAAAACCCAGCAGCAACAACCAACAGCCCCCAAACCUGGAAUGAUCAACAGAAGAGAAGCAAAUGGGGGUUGCGUCCUGGUGAUGGCAUUCCUGGUAACUUUUUCCCCCUCUGUUUUCCAGUUUUUCUAAAAUGACCAAUUACUACUUUUAAUUUAAACUUAUUUGGAAAAAUUAUCCCCCUGCUCUGCAAAAACCCACAGGAACAGCUGGCCCUUGCUGGAAUUCAUCAGGAACUCCCAGGCUGAUUGUCUGCAUUUGAGAUCCAAAUUUAGUCAUGGUGGAGAUAAGGGCCUGGAAGGUUCUAGUGGAGGCCAGGCCAGACUGACCAGUUUGGUUGGGCUUCCUCCAGGCCAGGCCUUAGGGCCCGGAUUUCUGAGAUGGAGCCUCACAGCGGUAUCAGGAGUCGGGGGAAGGGAGAAGUGAAGUUGCUGCCCAGGCCUGCUCCUCCUGGCUUGUUGGAACAGCCCAGCCUGGUGACACUGGAUUUUAGAAACAACAGGGUAAGGGAAGUGAACCAGGAUUUAUCAAGCAGAAGAAACCAUGAUUUUCACAUAUUUUCUCAACGAAUCUUCACAACAAUGUCUGUCUUCUCAUUUUACAGGGAGGGGAUCUGGCUCCCUCCAAGGUAGGAGUACCCAGGUGCACUUGCUCCAGAACAAAGGCAAAAUCUUUCAGAGGCACCUUUUGUACCCUUUUCCCUCGGUCCCAGAGACAGAGUCUUCCGAGAACCCAGGCUUCUUUCUCUCUUCCUCGACGCCCUCCCCUUGACAGCAUCCACUCCUAUGGGGCCAGCAGAUAUUUUCAUAAGUACCAUCAAGAAUUUUUUU